AUGAAAUCUUUCUUCCUCCAACGAAAAGCAGACCCACAUUCAAAACCAACAACACGCACCAGCAAUGAGGCUUACAAGAUUUGGCUGCCCAGGCCAGAGCUACCUCGACAAAGGACGACAAGUGGCUCUGGCCGCCCGCCAGAAACGACGACACGAACUUCCACGGCUUAUAGAUACCCAACUGCUCUACCCGGAUACCAGCCACAAUUCUAUUCCGCCCCGAAUAUCGACCGCCCACCAUCCAGAGCAGCAUACCAGCCCGCGCCUGACCAACCACAACCACAAUCACAUCCAUCAUCAUCAUCACGCAAGGCAGAGGAGGAGGGAAAGCAUACGCGUAGGAAAGCGUCCACAACGUCGUUGCGGCGUGAUGCUGAGGCUAAGAAAUCGAAGCACAAGACCAAAGAAGCUUCCGAAGCGCGAACAAGGAAAGACAGCCGGGUGGCCACAACUAGCAGGGGGCGGCACGAUGAGCCAGACAGUGCGUUAAAACGUCCCUCAUCCAACCCCAAAGUCGCACCAGAGCAUGGAAGAACCCCCAUCGCCACCCAGCCUACAAAUACGUCGAGCUCGAGCGGUAAACAGACGCCUCAGAUCACACGAAUGCCAGUCUAUCUGCCAUCGAGUCAUCCAAAAGCGCAACGUGGAGAGAACGGGCUCUCAGAGAGUGACACCGACCACGGGCCCACACUACGGACAACCCGAAAGGCUGUUCCUAAGCAAUCGUCAUCUUCAAAGACUGCCGCACCGCCGCCAACAGAGAAGUUGAAAGAGACCAAGGGUUUCUGGCCAUUUCUUCGUUCUAAAUCUGCCCAGAAACUUCCGCAGAGCACUGCCCCUCCGACGAAAACUACGAAAUCAAGAGCCGACAGCACCCCAUCCCAGCCGACCCCUCCGAGUGUAGAACGGCCAGAGCAUCGACGUUAUGCGAGUGACAAUGCUAUCGGUGCUAAAGCAGACCAAGUGUCGCGGCCACAUCAGGAAACCAGGACCACUGAGCAAUCAAGAACCAUGGCGUUUGCCAACGACCCCCCAUAUCGACAGCCUUUACCCAUUCCAAGUCAAUCAACCGCUCCGCGGUCAGCGCCUGCUGCCUACUCAUACAACAUCGCUUCAACCAUCCAACGCGCAGAAACACCUUCUCAAUCACGACCACUUCCUCCUCCUUUAUAUGCACCGAACCCUAACACCCGACCGCGUCCGCCAGAACCGCCCAAGGUCUCCAAUUUGGUUGCUGGAUUCGAGGCACGUGCCACAGAUCCCAUUAAACCUCCUCCGGCACGACUAGAGAGAAAGCCUUCUUUGUCUCGGAUAUACGCGCCAGUGAACCCUGUUAAGAGCCAGACGGCUCCAGAAGUGUGGAUUCCACCGGCAAGCAUUUAUGCGACUCCGUCCCAGCCACAACCAGCUGCGAUGGCUUCUGUGAUGGCUGGAAGGGUUGGCCCUGGUACGGACAACCCUAGUGCUCAACAGUCAACUUCAAGACAAGGCGAAGGGCUUCACACUCAACUCCGAGACCUUCUUUCAGACAAGCCACCCGUUGUGCGGGCAGAGGAAAGGGCUCCGAUUUAUCGGUCUACGGCGCCUCCCGUGGCUGCAUCUGGAUCGAAAUCAUCUGAAUCACAGUCGAAGAGACCGAGUAAACCGACGGAAGUGUCGAGUAGCUCACGGAAGUCCAAAACUGCUUAUACUGAAGCGGUCGAAUCGUCGCGUUCCAAUCGGCCGCGUGAUGAGGGGCGGGAAGGGCGAAGUUCACGUUCACGCAAAGAGCCUCCAGCUGUGAUGAAAACUCCUUCACGAGAAGCCAACCGACCCUCGUCAUCCAAAGAACAUAUUGCUGUCAUGAAGACUCCCUCUAGAGACCAGCCCAUUGCGGUUAUGAAAACUCCUUCAAAAGAGUCUUCGCGACAUACGCCAUCUCCAGUCCAGCAUUCUACACCACCUCGCCCAAGCGAGCGUCCACCAUCACGCUCACAGACCACUCCUUCAACUACUAAUCAUGCAUCAAGCUCCAGAAAGGAGCCCCCAGUUACCAAACCUGCUGAACCACCUGUGGUUGUGACUCCUAUCCCUACAGAAAGAACGCGAUCAGUACCACCUCCCUCUCAUGAUAUUCCGCCCGCGAGACCACCCAGCCGAGCAGCAGCAGUACCGCCACCUCCAACAGCGCAGCCUUUUCCGUCAUCAUCCUCCCGACCAAUGCAACGUAUGCCGUCUGAAGAGUCAAUUCUUCGUACCCCUUCUUCUAUUGCCCAAUCUAUCUUACACCCAACAAUUUCUCGGACAUCGGUCUCUUCUGAAGCAAAAAAGAAGGGAUUACUCGAUAUGUUUCGCCAAAGACCUCCAGAUCCACCUAUUGACAGGCCCUCUUCUCGGGCACGCAGUCGAACCACUCCUGAGAUCAGCGAAGACCGACGUCGCAGGCAUCCACCACCUCCAAUUGCUAUUCCUCCACCAGGGACUCCAAUGAUAGCUGAUCGCAAAAGCCCUAAUUCACGAGUUUUUACGCCAUUCCGCAUUCUGAGUAACAAAAGACGGCGAAGGGUGUCUACUGCAUCUAUGGACGCUGUCAAUGGGACCGCGCCAAAUACGGUGAUGGGUUCACCAACAGCGUCGAUGCAAAGUAGUCAAAUUCCCUCCCAGUUGCCGCCCGUGCGAGACCCGAUGACUGCGACGCAGGAUUGGCGAAACCACGAGGAGACUCAAAUUAAAGCACGAGGCAAGAGGCGGAGAAGAAGGCCUGGUGUUGUUUUCGAUGUAGCAGAGGACCCAUCGGAGGAAUAUAAGCCAAAGCCGAAGAUGCGGGCCAGACGGUCGUCGUCGUCUGAGGUAGCGACCACCGAUGAGUCGAGUGAAGGGGAAUAA